CGGCCACCACUGGCUGGGCCCUCGUGAUGCGCGACCUGCCAGAAUUCUUUCCUAGAUGGGACGGAUAGCUUUGCCCAAUAGUUCCAGGUUCACCAGCUCGAUGCACCCCUCCGCCCAUCCGCUCCCCACGCAGGAAUCGUAUCCCCAGUCCUAUCGAGAAAUAUCUUACGAGUGGUAAGCCAUCGUGCAAGGGCCUCGGGCUCUCUCCCCUGCAGUUGUGAAUGGUUGUCCGGCGGUCGCUCCAAUACUGUCGUCUCCUGUCGUCAGUCCCUUUGUCCCGCUUGGUAACGGGCCUACCUUUGACCCUCACCCCAUCAUCCGCUCCUCAAGGGUGACAGUUUCUUGCCAUUAGAAUAUAUAUAAAUAUAUACUUCGUCACUCCUUGCCUCUUUGCUGCUGCUCUUGCUACUCCUGCUUCAACUCUGUUCUUCCACGGGGAGAAACGUUUCGAAUCCCCAGCAGAUAUUUAGCUCUCUUUUCUAGUACUAAGCAUCGGUGGCAUCGAAGCCGUAGGUCUCUUGUCGCCGAAACAACCUCCACGAUGGCUCGUUUUAGCCUGCGGAAGCCCGACGACGAGGCCGGUAAAGCGUGGCCGGCCAUCGUCAUCGGCUUGUUUGUGGCCUUUGGCGGUGUCUUGUUCGGCUAUGAUACCGGCACCAUCAGCGGAAUCUUGGCCAUGGACUACUGGCAGACUCUCUUCUCGACCGGCUAUAUCAACACGCAGGGCCACUUGGACGUCUCGCCGUCCGAGUCCUCCGCCAUCGUGUCGAUACUCUCCGCGGGCACGUUCUUCGGCGCUCUAAGCUCGCCGUUUCUCGCCGACACCAUCGGUCGUCGCUUUGCGCUCAUCGCCUCCUCGUGGGUGUUCAUCCUUGGCGUCAUCCUCCAGACUGCCGCCACGGCCGUACCACUAUUCUUGGCCGGUCGCUUUUUUGCCGGCUUCGGCGUCGGUCUCAUCUCUGCGCUAAUUCCCUUAUACCAAAGCGAGACGGCACCGCGGUGGAUCCGAGGCGCGAUCGUAGGAGCCUACCAGCUCGCGAUCACGAUCGGUCUUCUCCUGGCCGCCAUCGUUGACUACGCGACGCAGUACCGCCAGGACACGGGCUCGUACCGCAUCCCCAUCGCGGUCCAAUUCGCGUGGGCCAUCAUUCUCAUCGGCGGCAUGCUGUUCCUCCCCGAGACGCCCCGAUACCUCAUCCGGAAGGGGCAGUACGACAAGGCCGCCCGCUCUCUCGGCAGACUUCGGAGGAUCGAGCACAACCACGCUGCCGUCCAGGCCGAGCUGCGAGAGAUCCAAGCGAACCACGAGUACGAGUUGAGCAUCGGGACCGCUGGCUACCUCGACUGCUUCCGCGGACCCAUGCUCAAGAGGCAGCUUACCGGCAUGGGCUUGCAGGCAUUACAACAGCUAACAGGCAUCAACUUCAUCUUCUACUACGGGACGCAGUACUUCCGGAACUCGGGGAUCCAGGACCCGUUCGUGAUCCAGAUGAUCACGUCGUGCAUCAACGUGGUGUCGACGCUGCCAGGGCUGUACGCGGUGGACAAGUUCGGCCGGCGGCCGCUGCUGCUCUGGGGCGCGGUCGGCAUGUGCGUCAGCCAGUUCAUCGUCGCCAUGCUCGGCACCCUCACCACCGGCCAGGACGCGUCCGGCAACGCCAUCGUCUACGACGUCGCCGCCCAGAAGGCCGGCAUCGCCUUCGUCUGCAUUUACAUCUUCUUCUUCGCCAGCACCUGGGGCCCCCUCGCCUGGGUCGUCACCGGCGAGAUCUACCCCCUCAAGACCAGGGCCAAGAGCUUGAGCAUGACCACCGCCACAAACUGGCUCCUCAACUGGGCCAUAGCGUACGCGACGCCGUACCUGGUCAACUACGGCGAGGGCUACGCGAACCUGCAGGCGCGCAUCUUCUUCGUCUGGUUCGGCGCCUGCUUCCUGUGCAUCGCCUUCGUCUACUUCUUCAUCUACGAGACCAAGGGCUGGUCGCUCGAGGAGGUCGACGAGCUGUACAGCGAGGUCUCCAGCGCGCGCCGGAGCGCCGCCUGGUCGCCCAAGACCACGUACGCCGAGCGCCGCGCCGCGGCCGACGCCGCAGCUACUGCUGCCGGCGGCGGCGGCGGCGCUCCGCCUAAGAAGAGCGAACAGCAGAGCGACGGGGUGUCCCACCACGACGAGAGCACACCGGUGUAGAAUACGGGCGCUACGAUGAUUUCUUUUGGUCUUGAUACCCAAAGAUUGUUCUAUUCCUCCUUGUAUAUCCUAUGUGACGACAGGAACUCGCGGGAACAGGCAGUAUGAGAGCGUGAGAAGCCGUAUAAUUAUAAAUAAAUAAGCAGAGUAGAAUGACCUAGGGGACGAUUUCU